AUGUCAGUGUACGAUGCGACGUUUGUGAACAGAGAACUCUCUAAGAGGACAUCGAUCUUUGGGUUGCAUCUAUGGGCGGUCAUUGGAAUAGUCGUCGGAGCAGUUAUAGUCCUCAUCCUUUUUCUUUUUUCACUUUGCAUUACCGCCUUGCGCCGCCGCAGCAGCAAGCAUAAACUCCACCGCCCAGCGAAGCUCUCCGGCGCCGGCGAGCACACCCCCAUCAUCUCCAAGGAAAUCCAGGAGAUCGUCCAUGACGCGGCCCCUGAUCAUCGCCCCAUCGUUCCUCAGGUGGUACCGGAGAUACAGAUAGAUAUGGGGAAGGUGGAGCAUAGGGUAGUGUUUUCUGAUAGGGGUGCAUCGAGUGGCGAGAGUCGAACCACAAGUGGGGCAGACACCGGGUCAUUUGGAGGCAGUGGGGCAUUACCAGAGGUGUCACAUUUGGGGUGGGGAAGGUGGUACACUUUGAGAGAGCUUGAGGCAGCUACCAAUGGUUUAGCCGAUGAGAAUGUGAUUGGUGAAGGUGGGUAUGGCAUUGUGUAUUAUGGUGUGUUGGCUGAUAACACCAAGGUCGGCAUAAAGAAUUUGUUAAACAAUAGGGGCCAAGCCGAGAAAGAGUUUAAGGUGGAGGUUGAAGCGAUUGGACGUGUCAGACACAAAAAUCUUGUACGGUUGCUAGGUUACUGCGUUGAAGGAGCUUACAGGAUGCUUGUCUAUGAAUAUGUGGAUAAUGGAAAUUUGGACCAAUGGCUGCAUGGAGAUGUAGGCGAAGUCAGCCCUUUGACAUGGGAGAUUCGUGUGAACAUAAUAUUAGGAACUGCAAAGGGUUUGGCCUAUCUCCAUGAGGGUCUGGAACCCAAGGUGGUUCACCGCGACAUCAAAGCAAGCAACAUACUGCUCGACCGUCAGUGGAAUGCUAAGUUAUCAGAUUUUGGGCUUGCUAAACUUUUGAAUUCGGAAAGCAGUUACGUGACAACUCGAGUGAUGGGAACGUUUGGUUAUGUAGCCCCAGAAUAUGCUUGCACUGGUAUGCUCAAUGAGAAGAGUGAUAUUUAUAGCUUCGGGAUAUUUAUAAUGGAGAUAAUUACUGGGAGAUCUCCUGUUGAUUACAGUCGGCCACAGGGAGAGGUCAAUCUGGUUGAGUGGUUGAAGAUGAUGGUUGGAAACCGGAAAUCUGAGGAAGUAGUGGAUCCUAAGUUGCCUGAAAAGCCUGCAUCAAAAGCACUAAAACGUGUUAUUUUGGUUGCCCUUCGAUGUGUUGAUCCUGAUGCUCAGAAGAGGCCCAAAAUGGGACACAUAAUACACAUGCUGGAGGCUGAGGACUUGACUUCUCGUGAUGAACGACAAGUUGGCAGAGAACCUUCCAUUUCCCAUCGAGAAGAUAAGCAGACUGGCCCAAAGUUGGUCGAUAAACGAAGUGGCGAAGGUACCUCUGAUACUAGUGAAGGGGAUAGUAGUAGGAACAUAAUUAUCCGACAAGGUGAUCUGAUUAUUUUGAUUUUGUAUUCAAUGAGUCGUCCACAGGAUCCCCACAGGCCUUUUCUCCCGUUUGGAAAUCCCUUCCGAAUGCUAGUACCUAAGGGCUCUUAUCUGUGUCCAAAGCUUCUCGCUCUGUUGAAUACUUUUGAGGAGACAUUGGCAGAGAGGCUUAAAAAGCUCAAGCCAAGAGACAGGAAAGAUGUCCUAAGCUUAUCGUGGAUGAGAUUUGCCCUUGAGUCCCUUUGUGGAAUUCAUACUGAUAUGAAGACAUUUAUCACAGCGCUUGAACUGCCUGCCUGUGACUGGGAUGACAAGUGGAUUGAUGUAUACUUAGAUAAUAGUGUGAAGUUGCUGGAUAUUUGCAUUGCUUUCACCUCCGAGAUCUCUCGGCUCAACCAAGGCUGCCUUUUUCUUCAAUGUGCUUUGCAUAACUUGUGCGAUGACUCAAAUAAGUCUGUGCGGGCGCUCUCAUCACUGGAUGGGUGGAGGCAGCAUAUUAGCUCAAAGAACCCAAGACUUGAGAAUUGUUUUUCCAUCAUGGAUGGUCUUGCCCAAACGUUAGACCUACCGAAGAUCAAGAGCUCUGCAAAGGCAAAGAUUUUGAUGCGAGCUAUAUAUGCAGUCAAAGUGGUAACGGUUUACAUAUGCAGUAUAUUCGCUGCAGCAUUCUCAGGUUCAACAAAGAAGUUGAUGGACCUACAGGUUCCAGACACAUGCUUGUGGGCAGAGGCUUUUGCUUGUCUGCAGACUUUUGUAAAUCCUGAAAUAAGAAGCAUAUCCUCGAGAGGAAGGGUCACUGUGCUGAAAGAGCUCGAAGCCGUCGAUGCAAGUUUGAAAAAAUUAUACCCCAUUGUACAAAAUGAGGUCUGGCCUAUUGAAGCUGAGAUGUUGCAGAACCCGAUAUCUGAUUUAGUCAAGUCGGAAGAGAAACUUUCACACGGACUAGAUCUACUUUCAAAUGAAGUUGAUAAUUUCAUCAAAAUUGUUCUAACAGGACGGGAUGCUUUGCUUGGUAACCUUAGAAUUGGUGGUAAUGCGUCUGACUCAGUAAAACUAAAAAAGUAG